AUGGCGACAUUCAUGGAGAUAAACCGUCGUUUAUUGGGUAACGUUCGGGAUGAACCAAAACAAAUGCUCAAACCAAUUACUCAAUACAAUCUAGAACCAAUAGUAACUCUCGAAGAAGCCUGUAAACCAUUGGAGAAGAUCCUCGAUAGUGAACUUCGACAAAACAUAAUAAUUGCAAAAAUGAAUUCAAAAAAUGGAACAGAUAAUCUUACUCAGGAUGAGUCGGGCUCUAUUCAUUUGUAUACGAUGGAAUGGGAUAUACGCGAAAAUAGCCUCUAUAUAAUACUUAAUAAUACAUUACGUCAAGCCGAUCGUACCAAACUUCACCCAUGGUUCCGAUAUCUGAAACUAUUACUCACAGCAUUCUUUAAAUUGCCGUAA